AUGGCGCUGAAUAUAAGUGGCUUGAUCGCUUUGGUUUUAUUUUAUGCCAUGACUUUAGCAAUUGGAAUAUGGGCUUCCCGGAGAAGCAAGAAACAAAAGACCAAGAAGCCCAGUGAAGUAGCCAUAGUGGGAGGAAGAAACAUGAACUUUUGGCUUGGACUUUUCACAGCAACUGCAACAUGGGUUGGAGGUGCAUAUAUCAACGGCACUGCUGAAAUAGUCUAUCUUCCUUCGAGAGGACUACUGUGGGUUCAAGCCCCACUUGGAUUUGCUGUAUCCCUUCUUGUCGGAGGGUUCUUCUUUGUCAAUCCAAUGAGAGAGAAGAGUUAUGUGACUAUGAUGGACCCAAUCCAAGAAGCCUAUGGGAAUGUGAUGACAAGUCUCUUAUUUAUCCCACCAUUGAUUGCUGACAUCUUUUGGUUUGCAGCUAUCCUUGCUUCUUUGGGAGCAACCAUAAAGGUCAUUUUGGAUAUCGAAGGAUAUUUAGCCAUCAUUUUCUCUGCAUGCACAGUUAUCAUCUACACUUUGCUAGGAGGCCUGUACUCAGUUGCAUAUACAGAUGUCGUGCAACUGAUUUUUAUAACAGUCAGCCUGAGUAUUUGUAUCCCUUUUGCUAUGGUAAACUCUGCAACAGAAAGCAUUGCUUAUACCGCUUCCCACCAUUUGUUUCAAGCACCUUGGAUCGGAAAUGUAGAAGUGCAGUAUUUGGGAAGGUGGCUGGAUGACUUUUUAUAUUUGGUUCUUGGUGCCAUCCCAUGGCAAACCUAUUUCCAGCGGGUUCUCUCAGCGUCUUCAACAAAACAAGCCAGGCUCAUCUCCUAUCUUUCUGGACUGGGCUGCUUUGCUUUGGCCAUCCCUUCCGUGCUCAUUGGGGCUGUUGCUGCCUCCACAGACUGGAAUCAGACAGAUUAUGGCCUUCCUGCUCCUAGAGAGAGAGGAGAGUCUGCCCUCAUCCUCCCACUAGUUCUCCACUAUCUCUGCCCCAUGUAUGUUUCCAUUGGUGGCCUGGGUGCCAUUGCAGCUGCCGUCAUGUCUUCUGGCGAUUCUGCCUUGCUUUCUGCCAGCUCCAUUUUUGCACACAACAUCUACAGAAAAGUUCUCAGGAAAAAGCUUCAUUGGACACCAGCUGACACUGAGUGGAAGAAAGGUCUUUGCCUCAUUGAAGUCUUCCAAAACAGUUCUACACACAAGACUUAA